AUGUGUGCUGCCCCAACCGGCCUAAUAAUCACAUCAAAAACAAAUUCAUUACUAACAAAUAUCUAUCCUCGAUACGAACUGUUCACUGAUGAUUCACUUAAGCUCAUUUUGACGGCAUAUGCGGUAAUAAAGUAUGUGUUCAAUAAUAAUGAUUUAACACAAAGCUGCUAUAAUGGUAUGCCCGUUCAUCUGCCAUUGCUUGCCGGUUUUUUGGCUACUCAUUUGAUAUUUAACAAACGGCCAUUACACUCAGUCACUUUCUGUACACCUAUAGCCGAGGAUCCAAGCUCACAAACAGCAGCUGAAGCUUGUCUUCUAGGUACGAAAGCUGCUUUUCUUGAUACUCACUUUCAAAAGGAAGUAGUUAUCGUGGUAGAUGAAAAAAUUUAUCGCACUUAUAUCAAGGUUACACAAACAAAUCCUUUUGAUUUUCGAGGUAUAACAAUUUAUGCAGGUGAUUUUCACGUUAUGAAGAAUUAUAUGAUCGUCGUAUGGGAUGUUUUAGAUGAUUCAGGCAUUGAAGAUAUACUGGGUUACUUUUACAAAGGAGCAUCAUUAAGAUCAAUUUUGGUUGUUCAUCAUUUCAAUAAAUCGUUACGGUGUUGUAAAUUAUUAUACACCGCAUUAUCAAUGCUAUUAAUCCAAUCGUUUUUAAAAUCCUUACCGUGGUUUGUUGAUAAAGUAAAAUUAAUUGUUCGUGAUAUAUCAAACGAUUAUAAUUUCCUGAAAGAUGAACUGAAACAAGGGGUUUUCAAAAAUAUGUUAGAACAGGUCGAUACGGUAGAACUGUCCGUAGCACUGGAUGCCUGGACGAUAGAAACCAUUCGAAAAAAUACUACCUUCAAAUUUUGGUAUUUUGUUUUACAUUUACUGUUAGAACCGUUAAUCAUUUUCUACACGUCAAUUAGAACAGCAAAUUUUCCAGCACGAAAUGCAGCAUUAUCUCGGAUGGCACCUUUGUUUUUUUCGAACAAUCAUCGGAAUUAUGCGCGUUUAUGUGCACAACAUUUAUCCGAUUUACGAAUUAGUUCUGAUUAUCUAUUGCAACGUUUAUCGCGAUCAUUUGCAGUUAAUCGAACACAUCGGCCAUUCUCAUCAAUUGCCAUGGAUCAAACCAUCGAGUGCACUAUUAACAAACUUGGAAAAGGUAGUGGUGGAAUAUCAGGUCGUUUUAAUCAAGAAUUAAUCAAUAUAUGGACAAAUUCAUUUGCAUACAGAUCGUUAAUGACAAGUGUUACCCACGAAAUUGCAGGUUUAGAAACAGCCAAUAAUACUAUUGACUCACAUGCUGAAUGUUCACCAAGGCGGCUAAAGACAGAUAAUAAUGAUUUAACAACGAUUAUUUGCAAAUUAGCAGCAGAAAAGUUAUUUACAUGUGAAAAUGAACAUUGCCGAAAAUUAUUAUCUGGUAAAAUUAUACACGACGAUAUUAUUGACAGUAUUUGUACGUCGUAUGACCGGGAUUUAGAAGCUUUAAAAAAAUACAUCGAAGAACGUUUUGUUAUGAAAUCUGUACAAAUUGACGAGCCACUUAAAGAUUGCGUCUGCGAGAUACAGAUUUACUUAACGUCUAUCUUUUCCCAUGAAUUUACAUUAGCACCGUUAGCAUUAUGUGAUCAUUCAAAUCUUGAUUUAAUGAAUCAACAGAAAAAAUCAGCAGUAUUGGAUUAUUUGAAAGAAGAGUUUCCGGUUGCAUUUUCAACAGUCGAUUCCUCAACAAAACCAGAAUAUUCUGUCUUAAUGGAGGAAGCAGACACAAGAAUGUUAUUAUAUGCUUACGAACUUCAAAUAGAUAACCGUUAUAACAAAAUUACAAUUCAGGCUACUGACACAGAUGUUAUUCUUCUAUAUAUAGCAUACGCGAAUAUCAUUAACGUCGAUUCGUUAGUAAUAAAAUCGUUUAAUACAUCAACAAAAAAAAAUACUUAUAUAAACACAACAAUUGUUGCCAAUGAACUAAUCAUUACUAAACAUUGCGAACCAGUAAUAUUAUUAAUACUACAUGCAUUAUCUGGUUGCGACACAACUUCAUUCAUUAGAAAUGUGACUAAAAUUAAAUUUUUAAAAACAUAUUUUAAUAAUCCACAACUGUACAAUGAGAUUAUUAGAUUUGCAGAAAAUCCAUUGAAAGAUGAAACAAUAUUGGUAGCUGAACAACUAUUACUGGCAUGUUAUUCUAAUAAGUCGUUAUCUCAAAAUUCCACCCAACAAUAUUCGACGUUGGAUGAACUUCGAGCAGCAGCUGCUGUGAGUGCUUUUAAACAGCACAACAAAAAUAUUUCAGUAGCUUUACCGCCAACUUCCGAUGCAUUUAAGUUUCAUUGUUUACGUGCAUUCAGACAAAUUUAUAUAUGGACAAAAUCAUUUGAUCAAUUUAUUCGUUAUCCAGCUUUAGACAAUAAUUGUUAUGAAUUGACUGAUCGUCAAAUUACGAUCUAA